AAAAAAACAAAAGAAAAAAAAAAUUCUCUCAUCACUCCCACUCGGGCACUCCAAUCCCGAUCCGCCACCGUCACAGGACUCCAAGUCCCAACCUCCCCCUUCACCGUCCCGCCGCCGACAUGCACGACACAGGCCUCUCCGCUCGCGCCGCCGGCGCCUCCUCGUCUUCCUCUUCCUCACCCUACGCCGGCUCUUCCCCGUCCUCCGCCGCCACCAACCCCGGGGACGACGACGACGAGUCCAAGACCCGGAAGGCGCACCCGGCCUUCGUCGCCGCCGCCUACGCCCGCCUCCAUUCCUCCCACCGCGCGGCCGUCUCCCUUCUCCUCCUCAUCGCCGUCGCCGCCACCGCCUUCCUCGCCGGCCGCGCUCACCCCCGCGCCGACUGCCUGCCGCCGCGCAUCGACGCGCGUUUCCUCGCCCUCCAGGACGCCGCUGCCGCCUCCGACUUCGGAUCCCUCGGCGUCCCCUGGUGCAGAUCAAAAACUGGGAAGAUAGUGGAGUGGACUUCGAAGGAUUUACUUAAUGGACUGGAAGAGUUUGUCCCUAUAUACGAGACACGCCCUAUCAAGAAUAACAUGAAUGGAAUGGGCUUUGACCACAGUUUUGGUCUUUGGUUUAUGGCUCGCUGGCUUAAGCCUGACCUGAUGAUUGAGAGUGGCGCAUUCAAGGGGCACUCAACUUGGGUUUUGCGCCAGGCCAUGCCAAACACUAGGAUUAUAUCAAUCACACCCAGACACCCUGAGAAAUAUCUUAGGAAGGGGCCUGCAUAUGUUGAUGGGAAUUGCACUUAUCUAUCUGGGAGGGAGGGCUUUAUUGACUUUGGAAGCGUUGAUUGGGAAAAACUGUUGAGGAAGCAUGGCAUUUCUGAUCCCAGUAGGGUACUUGUUUUCUUUGAUGACCACCAAAGUGAGUUGAAGAGGUUAAAGCAGGCACUGAAGGCUGGAUUCCGGCAUCUCAUAUUCGAGGACAACUAUGAUACUGGUACAGGUGACCAUUAUUCCUUGAGGCAGAUAUGCGAUCAAUCACACAUCAGAGGUGGUGGACAUAGCUGCUUUUGGGAUAGUGAUGAAGCACGAUUAAGGUCAAAACGGAAGAAAUUUUGGGAGAAAGCUGUGGAAAUAGAUGAACUAUGUGGGAAGGAUGAUGCAUGGUGGGGUAUUAGAGGCUACAAGCGUGACAAUUUCAACCGCAGUAAUGAGGCAAUCUCACACAAAGAGCAUUUCCAGAACAGCAGGCUUCUUGAAUCUGUUUUGGAUUUAUAUUGGGAACUACCUCCUGUUGCCGGUCCAUCCUUAACCCACCAAACAAGAUAUGACCCAGCACGUGCGUCUGAUCCUAUCAUCGAAGAUGGACGCUAUGGCUUGUUUCAGAGAAUUGGUCUAGCGAGAUUAGACACUUCAGUGUUCAAUGGUUACACUCAAAUGGUAUAUGUUCAGAUAUCAGGUACAGUGCUGAGCUGAGCUGAGCAGAGAGGAUAAUUAAAAGUUUUGUUACAUGGCCAUAUUUUUUCUGUUUUACUCUAACUGAACACCGUGUCUGGUUACUCUGGUAGGUUUUGUAUAAGGUUGGCACGCUGUCAUUUUGGUAGUACCGACCUUAAUUCUCAUGUAGAACUUGUAUCUUAGUUCUCACAGUAGGAGCCUGUGCCCUUGAUUCUCGCUGUAGGACUUGUAUCACUGUGUGAAAGUUGUGAAAAUCAAUGGAGGGCCUUGUUUUACUUUCCAAGA